UCGCACAUCUCCAGUAUUUGGUGCAUCGAACAAAACAAAAGCAACAAAUCGCGCACAAUGCAGCAAAAACUAAUUUUGUACAGCGUGCUUGUUUCAUUUUUCAUCAUUAAUCCUGUCACGCAUGCGAUACAGGCGCGCAGCGAUAAGGAACAGCCCCAAACGGGCGUCUCCGGCACUGCAGUGCAAUCGGUUGUUCCUGUGCAAACGCAAUCUGCAUCAUCACAACAACAGCAAGCGGGUUCCUCGAAUACCGCAUCUGCAUCUUCAGUUUCAUCGACUUUUAAUCCCCUGGGACCGAAUGUGAUGUGCUCCUUCUUGCCACGUGACUUCCUGGAGUGCAAGGAACCCAUCGAUCAUCGGAAUAAUGCCACGGCCCGCCAGGAAAAAGGUUACGGCUGCCUACGCUUCGGUGGCUCCGCCUACGAAGAUGUGGAGCAUACAAAAGUCCAGUGCACGGUUUACACGGAUAUCGAUUGCUAUGGUGCACGUACAUUUUUCCGCGACGGUGUUCCUUGUGUACGCUAUACAGAUCAUUAUUUUGUCACCACAUUAAUCUACAGCAUGUUGUUGGGUUUCCUGGGAAUGGAUCGCUUUUGUCUUGGCCAAACGGGAACGGCGGUGGGCAAAUUAUUGACAAUGGGCGGCGUUGGUGUAUGGUGGAUCAUUGAUGUUAUAUUGCUGAUAACGAAUAAUCUGCUGCCCGAGGAUGGCAGCAAUUGGAAUCCCUAUGUUUAAGUUCACUCUUGUGAUAAUACGGAUUAGGAUUGGAAAACUUCUAUAAACUAUGUACAUUACAUUAAGUAAGCACAUUAAGGUCAAAGAAGUUGUUGUUUAUUUUAGAGUAUAAGUAGA